AUGCUGAUUAGAAUUGGACUUAGCUUUUACUUUUUCCUUUGCCAGGGCUUUCUUGGCCUGAGUGGAGCAGUUCUAAUACAAGUCUAUCAGGCAUUAUUCAAGGGCAAACCAAGCACUUUCUUAUUGAUGCUUGCACUGUUGCCAACUCUUCUCUCCCUCUUGUUCAUGUGUUCUGUAAGAACUUACCAGAGAAAUCCUGGAGAUGACAAGAAACACUUGAAUGGUUUCUCUAUGAUUUCCAUGGUUGUUGCAGCUUAUCUCAUGAUCUUAAUACUAUUAGAAAAUACCCUCACUUUGCCAUUAUGGGUGUGCUUGCUUACAUUCGUUCUUCUUCUGCUUCUGCUUUCUUCGCCUCUUAGAAUUGCAAUCAAAGCCCAAAGAGAGGAGACGUGGAGAUUGUCACAAACGUCAUCCAUUGAUAGAUCCCCUUUAAUUGAUGACUCUGAAUCACUUGGGUCCAAGAAGCUUUCUGCAGCAGAGGAUGGUCUAGAUUACCAUGAAGUGCCUGCUGAGGCAAGGCAAACGAAUGCCUCAGAGGAUAAAAUGUUGCAGGUUGGAGAGGAAAUGAAUCUCUUCCAAGCCAUUUGUACCGUGAACUUCUGGUUGUUGUUUGUUUCUAUGGUAUGUGGAAUGGGCUCAGGCCUGGCCACUAUAAAUAACAUCAGCCAAAUAGGAGAAUCUCUUGGUUACAGUACAACUGAAAUAAACACAUUGGUAUCCUUGUGGAGUAUAUGGAAUUAUCUAGGCCGAUUUGGAGCUGGAUACAUAUCUGACAUUUUUCUGCACAGAAGAGGCUGGGCAAGGCCAUUGUUCAUUAUUGUCACACUAGCAACCAUGACUACUGGCCACAUAGUUAUCGCCUUGGGUUUUUCAGGGAAUCUGUAUGUGGGUUCAAUUCUGGUUGGUAUUUGUUAUGGUUCACAGUGGUCACUGAUGCCCACAAUUACUUCUGAAGUUUUUGGUGUGCUACAUAUGGGCACUAUUUUCAACACCAUUGCCAUUGCUAGUCCAAUUGGAUCUUAUCUUCUCUCUGUAAGAGUCAUUGGCUAUUUUUAUGACAAAGAAGCCUCAGGAGAUGGGAAUUCAUGCAAUGGCACUCACUGCUUCAUGCUAUCUUUUUUAAUCUUGGCAUCUGUUAGUUUUUUUGGGUUUUUCGUUGCCUCGAUAUUGUUUUUCCGGACAAGGAGCUUCUAUACACAGGUUCUACUCAGACGGUUACGGCAUAUGAAGGGGCUGGAGGUAGAGCCAAUAACCAAUUCAAGGUUUAGAGACCACAGUUUAAAAUAA